GGAUAAAACUAGGUUUGUAGGAAUUCCACGUACGCAAACUUCCUAAAAAGCUGGUGGCGAGGAGAAGAAUAAACAAAUAAUAAUAAUAAAAAUAAUUUUUGUAAAAUAAAUUUAAGAAAAUUAAACCGAGGAAAAUACUUGCAAAAUCUCAAGAAGAAUGAGAAUUACAACAUGGACACAGAAGAUUCUCAUCGUGGGCAACCUUCAUCGUUAAGAUGUCGCCGUUGCGCAGCCCCGCUCUCCAAAGAUUUGGAGGAAAGCAGUUGGAGUCUUGCACCAUUCAUACGGGAUAGUUUUUCUAUGAUAGGCACGACUGUUGGAGGAAGUGCAAGUGCAUUUUAUGGAUUUAACCAUGGGAUGCCUCCUGUUCAGAGAUUGGUUAAAGGACCUAUGUGGUUGCAGUUUCUUAUUGGUGCCCCGCCUAUAAUGCUAUUCUCCGCUACUUGUGCUGGCUUGUCAGGGGGUGCAGUGCCGGCACUAGCACAGCUGGCCGUCUCAUCCUAUCAUGCAGCCUUGAUGCGUUCACAUUCUUCAAUAUCACAGGUUACAAUGCGCAUGGAUGAGUUGCACAAAGUCACAAGUCCUCUCCCUCAUUCACGGGAUUCACAAUCCAUACCACAUGUGUCAAUAGAUAAAAAUAGCUGAUUUCUAUUUGUGAAAUCAGUGCUUUUGCUUCCGUUGUGUUAUUAUGAUGCAACAAGCCUUUUGUAAUGUAAAUGAUAUGUAAAAUGUAGUUAGUAUGCGAAAGAUGAGCUACAAUGGGCUACUUAGUGAUGUAACUGCCUCAUCUUGCUCGCUACAUAAGAACUCGUACUCUAGCUAGAAUCCUUAAUUACAGUGUCAUUUCCUAUGUUUAUUUAUUGUUAAAUUUAGAUGAAAAGAGCAGCUCCUACUAUUAUCAGAUCUGAAAGUCCUGCAUUGAUUUGUAAUCCGUCGUAGAGUUGAUUGCAGAAGUAACUAUGAUAAAGUUUGGGUUUAUUAUAGGGUGGUUCCAUAUAACAAGAUUCAGCUAGGCACAACCUUUGUUGGGUUUUAUUGAUGAUUUUUGUAACGUAUUGUGCACACGUGCUUGCGAUCAAGGACAGGAUUGGUAAUUUGCAAACUAGAAGUUAUGACUAGUAUGAAAAAUCAGUGAAAAAUUCAAUUCUAGGUGUAAAA